GCGGCGCUGGCCGCAUUGGCUGCGCCGCUCGCCACUUUGUGCAUCCGAGGAUGUGCUGUUUUCAGCCAUCGGUCGCCUUUGUACGCGCGCGGUUUGUGCUCGCGGGGGCGUGUGCUCAAAGUUGAACUUGGGCGUUGUAAGCUGCUUUUGCGACGGACACGGCUUUGGGUUUUUUUUGCGGUGUGCGUGAGGCAGACGCGUUUCGGCGUUUCCCCGCUGUCCAGAAAGCAAGAGGAACAAGCCGGCGCCCGACCGCCCCUCCUUGGCGGCGCGGCGGUCCGUGAACCCAGGAGUUCACCCUCCCUCCCGCGCUCCCUCCCCGCGCGCCCGCCUGUGCCGCGGCUCCGCGCAGAGCGGAGGGGGACGGGCGCUGUUCCUGGAAGAGCUCGGCCUGGGGAGUUGGUCACAUUCUUGGCCGGGAUUCAAUGACUGAGGCAGACACCAACAAACAGAGGGGGGAGGAGGAGGAGGAGGAGGCUGAGCCAGCCCGCAUUAGCUCAGCUCUCAGGCACUCUCAGUCUCUGCUGGAAAGAGGAGCUGGGAGGAUGUGCGCUCUGGUACCGCGGCUCCCCACGGCACGCCGAGAACACCGAGAGGAAUAAGGGAAGAAAGGCGAACCGAGAGACCAGGAGUCCUCCCAGCCCGAGCUGCGGGAGGCGGGGGAAGGGAGCCCGCUGAUCGCCCGGCCGGAGCCCCCGCGCCGCUUGGGAAGUGCCAGAGAUUUGGGCCUUUUCCUUUUCUGCGCCGUUCCCUUGCACAGCCCGAGCUUUCUUCCUCCUGCUGCUUUUCCUCGCCGCCCCCGCGCCUUCCUCUCGGUGGAUAUGGACAGGAGGGCGAUUUCUGCAGCGAAGCAGCAGCCGCCAGAGCACAUUUGAGCCCCGGGUGCUCGGAGCGUGGCACAGACUUCGUGUUUCCGUGGGUGGCGUGUGAGUGAGUGAGUGUGUGUGUGUGUGUGUGGGAGGGGGCUCGGGGUGCCGGGUGGCUGGGGGAGUGCUCCAUGCAGACCUCUCUUGGCCGUGACUCAGUGCUCCGCUGGGGCAGCCUGGGGACUUGGAAGGUUGGAAAUUAGAACGAAGCAAGAGAAAAGAAAGAAGAGAAGCGAGGCGCGUGCUGAAGGAUUUGUUUCCUAUUCGUUAGUGGAUUGUUCAACCCGAGUGGGAAGGAGAAGGAAACAAGGGUGGGUUGAUUUAUUUUGGUCAUAUUUUUUUUCUUUAAAAAAAAAAAAAAAUCCCUUAAGUGGAUUUGUACCAGGGUGGAAGAUAACUGGGGAUUUUUGUUGUUUGUUUUGGGAAUAGAAACUAAAAAAUGGAGACUGUAAGUAGAAGCAGCUUCCAGCCUCAUCCAGGACUGCAGAAGACCUUGGAACAGUUUCAUCUGAGCUCUAUGAGCUCCCUGGGUGGCCCUGCUGCUUUCUCAGCACGAUGGGCACAGGAGAUGUACAAGAAAGACAAUGGCAAAGACCCAGCAGAACCUGUACUGCAUCUGCCCCCCAUCCAGCCGCCUCCGGUGAUGCCCGGUCCCUUCUUCAUGCCCUCGGACAGAUCCACAGAGAGGUGCGAGACCAUCCUGGAAGGGGAAACCAUCUCCUGCUUCGUGGUGGGUGGGGAAAAGCGGCUUUGCUUGCCCCAGAUCCUGAACUCGGUGCUCAGGGACUUCUCCCUGCAGCAGAUUAAUUCGGUGUGUGAUGAGCUACAUAUUUACUGCUCCAGAUGCACUGCUGACCAGCUGGAAAUCCUCAAAGUCAUGGGCAUCCUGCCCUUCUCCGCUCCGUCCUGCGGGCUCAUCACUAAAACUGAUGCUGAGAGGCUUUGUAACGCCUUGCUUUAUGGUGGCACCUAUCCUCCCCACUGCAAGAAGGAAUUCUCUAGCACAAUUGAGCUGGAGCUCACAGAGAAGAGCUUCAAAGUGUAUCACGAGUGCUUUGGGAAGUGUAAGGGACUCUUGGUGCCAGAGCUUUACAGUAACCCCAGCGCAGCCUGCAUCCAGUGCUUGGACUGCAGGCUCAUGUACCCGCCUCACAAAUUUGUGGUCCACUCUCACAAAUCUCUGGAAAACAGGACUUGCCACUGGGGCUUUGACUCUGCAAACUGGAGAUCCUAUAUCCUCCUCAGCCAGGAUUACACUGGGAAAGAGGAGAAAGCUAGACUGGGCCAGCUCUUAGAUGAAAUGAAAGAAAAAUUUGAUUAUAACAACAAAUACAAGAGGAAAGCCCCCAGGGUCUCUUCAGAUCCUCCUGCUUCCAAAAAGCCCAAAAUAGAUGACUCUGCGUCCCAGUCUCCAGCUUCUACUGAGAAGGAAAAGCAGUCCAGUUGGUUACGGUCCUUAUCCAGUUCAUCUAAUAAGAGCAUCGGCUGCGUCCAUCCCCGGCAGCGCCUCUCGGCUUUCCGGCCCUGGUCCCCCGCCGUGUCGGCAAACGAAAAAGAGCUCUCGCCCCAUCUCCCCGCGCUGAUCCGAGACAGCUUCUACUCCUACAAAAGCUUUGAGAAUGCGGUGGCCCCCAACGUGGCGCUGGCCCCCCCGGCGCCCCAGAAGCUGGUCAGCACCCCCCCGUGCGCCAGCGCGGCGCCGCGGGGCGGCGAGGCCGGCGCUUCGGCACCGCCGCGCCGGAGGAAAGCGCCCGCCGAGAACGCGGCCGGGCCCGAACCCGCACCCGCACCCGCCGCCGCAGCCGCGGCGCCCGAGGAGGACAAGGAAUCAGAGGCAGAAAUCGAAGUGGAAACCAGGGAAGAGUUCACCUCCUCCUUGUCCUCGCUCUCCUCCCCGUCCUUCACGUCAUCCAGCUCGGCCAAGGACAUGAGCUCCCCGGGGAUGCAGCCCCCGGCCCCGCUGGGCAGCGCCUUCGAGCCCGCGGCGCACCCCGAGCCGCACAGCAGCGGGCUGGAGGCGGAGCUGGAGCACCUGCGGCAGGCGCUGGACGGCGGCCUGGACACCAAGGAAGCCAAAGAAAAAUUCCUCCAUGAAGUCGUGAAGAUGAGGGUGAAGCAGGAGGAGAAGCUGAACGCCGCCUUGCAAGCCAAGCGCAGCCUGCACCAGGAGCUGGAGUUCCUGCGGGUGGCUAAAAAAGAGAAACUGCGAGAAGCAACAGAGGCCAAGCGCAACUUACGGAAAGAGAUCGAACGUCUGAGAGCUGAGAAUGAGAAGAAAAUGAAGGAAGCCAACGAGUCCCGGAUACGACUGAAGCGGGAGCUGGAACAAGCCAGGCAGAUCCGGGUGUGCGACAAGGGCUGUGAAGCCGGUCGGCUCCGCGCCAAGUACUCGGCCCAGAUCGAGGACCUGCAGGUGAAGCUGCAGCACGCGGAGGCCGACAGGGAGCAGCUCCGGGCGGAUCUGCUGCACGAGCGCGAGGCUCGGGAGCACCUGGAGAAGGUGGUCAAGGAACUGCAGGAACAACUGUGGCCUAAACCCAGCAGCAAAGGCGGCGAGAGCACGACGAGCAAGGCCGAGAACUGACCCGCUUCCCCGCAGCGGACAGACUGACGGACGUGCGCUGCGCAGCGAGGGCGGACGCGUGGGUACGUGUGUAAGUGCAUGUGUGAGUAGUUGUGUCUCGGCACACGCAUCUAUGAAUACGGAUUCUCAUUAAUUGGAAGGCAAACGUUACUCUUUGUAACAGAAGCACUGAAUUACGCCUCUUAUUUUUCCCAGUCCAUAUAGCACAACAUCUUACUGUGCCUAUAGAACACAAAGUGUUUGUAAACAAAAUACUUUUAAGUCCACAGCAAAUUUUCUACUGGCAAACUCCGAGCGAGCGGCGGCGUCCAACUCCAAUCAGCGUCAAAGGCACGGCCGGCAGCGCUGCUGGGCCCUUCUGCCUGCUGGAACGUUCUGGAUUUUAAAAACAAAUACACUUUUCUUAUAAGCUAUUUAAAAUAAUUCAUUACACAGACUUGUUAUUAAAAAAUUAACAAGAUUUUUAUAACGAACCUUUAAAAGCAAAACAAACAAACAAACAAAAAAACCCUUCGAUGCACAAUUUUUAAUGACUUGUUAUAGGCUUUGGGAUUCUCGACACAGAACCCUCUGGUGAUGAUGCCAUUUCGUGAGCAGUUUUGCAGCCGUCGAGGAAGCCCGCGCAGUUUUCAUCCCGUCACGGGGCUGGAUGAGGAUUGAGUGCUUUUCAAAGUUGAUUUUGUCCUCGGGAGAAUUGUCGUCAUUUCCGUCCCAAUCGGAGGAGAAGGGAAGAUGUGGGACCGCGCGGGGGGGAUGGGAGGAUCGAUGCUUUGGGAAGAUAAACCCGGCCUUACAGAUUCAGGGUUUGCGAAUCGCCACCUUUUCUAGAGCCGUCUCCAUGAAUUGGUGCGUUCAAGAGACUCACUCCAGCCAAGAGCACUUCAGGAAAGGAAAGGAGGAAAUAAAGGAGGAAAUGGGUGAUCGGUUGAGUUUGUUGAGAAAUAAAGCAGAAGACACGUGCGUUUUGAAGUCAUUCUGAAAUCUUUACUUCAGCUUUCAGUUUUCUGGAAAACUCAUCUUUGUUGCACCAUUUUACCACAAAUUCAGUAUUCACCUGCUUGUGUGAUGAACCGGCGGUCGGGAUCUCCGUGCCCGAGGAGAGCGCAACGUCGCGUUGUUGGAGGCUACGGAAGAGAAAAACAUCUUUGCUGCUGUGAAUAGGCCUACAUAUUUUUUUAAAAAAAUACAUUUUUGGUUUUGAACAACAGCAAUUACUUUAAUUUUGGGAUGCCAGCCGCAGCCCUGGGGUAGGAACGCAGCGCGCCGGCGCCUGGCCUGAUGGGUGGUGGUAGUUUUGUUUUAAACUGCACUUUGUCAGAUUCUUACUCUGCGUUUGAUUCCAUGUUUCCAAGUUUACACGUGGAGCGUUCUGGGCUCGGCGCUGCGUGACGGACGAACAGCAUCGCCCGGUCCCGGCCCGCGCCCCCUGUCCCCGUCACCUCCGUCAGCGCAGCGGGAGGACGCGGCUGCCGGGGGGCACAGACGCUCCCCAGCGCUUGACGCAGAAAGCCGGUGCCUCACUGACCAGAGAAAGCGAUUCUCCCCCGUGAACUCUCCCCUCUGACACGCUCGGGCUCAUCAGCGGCAAGUGAAGACGGGACCUGGGGCUGCAGAUGUGCCUUCCAGCUCAGUUUUCCUCUCAGCAGCUUCUGUAGGCAACGCUGACACUUUAAAGAACAAAAGGGGAAAGAAAAUCAACCACCCCACCUAUGCAUCAUCACACACAAGUUAUUCUCAACAAAGAAACGCAUUUCCAGUCAUCUUCAUUUGCUUUUGGACAUUAAUGCAAACUAUGUAAGAUUAAAAAUUACUUCCCAGUAGAGAGAAAGCGGCUUCCAAUCCCAAAAUUAUCGUAUUUACUUACAGUACAUUAGAGAGUUGUUUUGUUUUUUUAAACAAGAGCUGUUUGCUUGAAACCAUUAUAAUAGCCAUUAUAAUAACUGUGAGCAUUAACGGAGAAGUUCAUAUAUAUGUUUUAGGUACAAAAAAACAAGAAUAAAUACGAAAGGAGUAGAAUUACUGGGACAAUGUCCAAGUGUUGGGAGCAAGAACCAGUUGCGCAGGCAGGGUCCGGGCCGCCCGGCUCGUGCCCAUCUCCUCAAGUGCAAUGCAAAAGGAAUUUUCAUUAUGCUUAAGCAGGUUUUAUUUUUUAUUUUUUUCUUUGUAUGUUUUUUUUUUUCUGUGAUUAUUAAAUCAUAUGCAUGGAAUUAAAAUCUCUGCCAUACGUAUAUUCAUUAAUGGGCAUUAUUACUGUCUUAUGUAAAGGGUUUAUUUUGUUAUGCAGUAUGCAUAAAGAUGUUCUCAGCCUUAUGAUUUCCAGAGCUGUUAUUCACUUAUUUCUUCAAGGGAAACUAAAUAAUUGUAGCUGUAGUUGCUGGGUGUGCGCUCCAGCCGUCCCGCGUGCUUCACCGCCCAAAGAAAUUACACAGAGAACAGGCGCGUUCCCGCCCCCCGCCCAGCUCGGGGCAGCCUCAGCGCUGGAAACCGGGGCUGGUUGGGGUUUUGCCCUGAUCUCCACUCGUGUCUCUCCCCUUGGACUCCACAAAAAGUGGCAAAACGUCCACCUGUUACUUUACACAAAAAGCGGCCGCUCACCUGCACCCACGCCGCCGUUUUAUCUUCUCGUGUCUGGGGAAUCGCAUGGAUUCACCGGCACCAUUUCUUCUCUGCAUAUGAUGCUUUUAUCCUCCAGAAUUAAUGAGAUCUGCAUUUUUUUCAAAGGAAAAAAUAGCCCAAUAACUCGGCUUAUCGCCAGCAAACAGUCUUGUCAAACAAGCGCCAGCUGUGCCGCCAGGGCCGCGGGGUCAGGCCGGCGACAGAGGGGACUCAAAACUGAACUCACACUGUUGCUCCAAACCCACCGUUUCUUCUUCUGCCGCAUCACGGUAAAUCUAGAAAUGAGAGUAAACAUGACAAGUGAGCCUCACUGUACUAUCUGAGGUCAAAACUCAAUAGUAUUUGAUCCCGGGGAGUGAACACAUGCUGGUGAAAACAUUGCUGUCAAUUAGGGUUUAAAAUCAGUGCGAUUCAAUCAGGUGCAAGACUGGGAACAAACAGUCCCUCAACAGGAGAGGAGUCCAGCUUAAAUUGUUUUGUCUUUCCUAAAGACAUUUUAACAAUAAAACCCUAAUUAUUUCUGCAGAAUCUGUCAUUUAUUUCCAAUGCAGAAUUCCCGUGAAUGUAAUUUAUUAUGCAAUUGCCAGCGGACGGCCGCAGAGACACGAACUCUGCGCGGGGCCGUGCAGCAGCGGGCGCGCAGAGCGGGCAGCCGUGGGGCGCUGGGGCUCUGUGUGUAAUUUCUGUGUGGUUUCCGUGUCCGGUGCCGUUGCUGGACCCGCGUUCCCCCCGCGGUCCCCCCGGGACCUGGGAACUCGCAGCUUCGCGUUCCGUGGGCUCUUUAGUUUCCUUUAAGAAGCUGGAAGGGAGAAGAGGUGUUUCUACAGGCUGUUGACUCUCCCUCUACUUACAAAUAUAUUACUUAAUACUUGUAUAUUCAGUUUAAUUAUUCAUUGUUUCUAUUACUGAAAGAAGACUUAACGAAGGGAAAAAAAACCAACAGCAAUAACAUUCAUAUCUAUGAGCAGCUAACUAGUAUACAUAAUAUUCUGCUUUUCAAACAGAACUAGCCAAUGUAAAAAAAAAAAGUUAAAAGUAAAUUCAACAUGUAAAUACUUGUUUUCCUUUUACACUGUUGUAUAAUACGUGUAUAUGGUGUUUACUUUUUCAAGACUCUUUCUUACCUGGUCGGUGUCUUGUUUUCCAAGUUGUGUUUUUAACCGAGAACCUUUGCUGUCUGUAGGAAAAACAAAACAAAACCUUUUUGCAAGUUUUCAACGGGGUUUAAACCUUUUUCUCCAUCCGCCGCGUUCCACUCGUCCCGAUUUUCACUGUAAAGUUUUUCAUUACCAGAGGUUGGUUUCCCCGUUCUGCCCUCUCCUCAGUCCACGUGUUUUACAAAGGAGGUUUGUGUUGGUUUGGGGUUUUUUUAGUUUUUUGGGGUUUUUUGUUUUUUUUUUUUUUUUAAUCAAAAGAACUCACAGAAAUGACAUUUUUUUCAAUUGAAGAAAAAAUAAAUCUUUACAUUUAUAAUAGCCAAUAGCAUUUCAGCACAUUUUUGUUAUCCUGGUCUCUCCUAUGCUGCUGCUAAUGACAAUAUUAUGACUUACUCUACUAUUCUAGAACUAUUUUUCUGUAAGUAAUGUAUGCUUUCUUGUUUAUAAAUGCCUGAUUUAAAAAAAAAAAUAAGAAAAAAGCUUGGCAUAUUUAUCUAUUUCGCUGUGUACCCUGAUAGUCCUUUUCCACCCCCUUUUCCACGCCCCCUCCCCUUGAAGCAGAUAAUAUUGUAAAAUAAAGGACUUUAUGAGAUUAUGUAUGAAAAUAGCUAUGCUUAUAUACCACAGUGACUGAAUGUACAGUGUAUAGACGCAUUACCUAAAAUAAAAUUGUUUGUCCAGAAAAAAUCAA